CAAUCGUUGAUACACAACUUAUUAUCAUGAUGCCUGGGCGAUAGCAGAGGCGGGCAGGAUGUAGAGGCGGUGGGAAGAGAAAACAAGUCGUUAUAUUGUUUAAUUGAAAGUACCGCAAAUGUUUGAGACAAAAUUCUACACAAACCCCCUUUAACAAUUGCAGUGUCUCGUGAUUUUCGAUGCGCACUGUUUUCAACCCAGCAUUCCAUUUUAAGUAUGUUUAAAAUUAUAAUCUCAAACUAGCUUUUGAAGUUAAAAUGUUAACGAACCCAAACUUUAAAGUAAACAAUCGCCCUGCUGUAUACAACAAGGGAUCGUGCGUGGUGACGUACUAAAUACAUUUAAAUUACAAUCUAUCACCAACCUGUGAAAACACGGAUGACCUAUCGUCCUGGUAGUUGACUGUUUCAACCUCCAUCCACUAGGCUUCGCUGCAAAGGGAAACCAGCAGUAUUACUCCGCCCCUUUUUUGAAUUUUCACCGUUGCUAACAUGGCGGAUGAGCUGGAUGUUGUUGACAUCGAAGGAGAUGAAUGUGACGUGAAUUUGGGGGACUUUGGUGAUGGAGCAGCAAUACUCCAAGACCAGUACCUACAUUCAUCAUGGAAGACCAAUCCAGGGGUCUUGCCGUGGGAACUGGACAACUCUAUCAGUGCAGAAAACAGAGAGGUGAUACAUAACAUGCUCCUGGAGGAACAGUAUUAUUUGACCGGGAAGGAGAUGCCCAAGAGUGUCUGGGCCAGUGCACCUAACUCUAGCCCCAAACCCAAAGUAAAGAGGACUCCAGCCAAGCCCUCCGCCUCGGGGUCAUCUAAUGCUACUCGUUGGUCGCAGCAGGAGAAGGAGCUGUUUGAGGCAGGACUGGCUCAGUUUGGCCGUAGGUGGACUAAGAUUUCAAAAAUGGUAGGCAGCAGAACUGUUCUGCAGGUGAAGAGCUACGCCCGACAGUACUUCAAGCACAAGGCUAAAUCAGAGGACAAUACCACUGCUGUGGCGCCACCUGAAGCCCUAGGGGUGUUGGGCCUGGUUCCAGAGACGGGGUCUUCGGUGUCCACUUCAGGACCGUCUGUAUCCAGCCGCCUGUCUGCUCUGACCAAUGCCGUCCGGAUCGAGAGACUGAGUGAUGAAGAGGAGGAGGAGGUGGACAUCACUGAUGACCUCAGCAACGAGGGAGACACUGGAGUUGGGGAUGAAGGGGUAGGAAGGGGUAAGGGGAGGUUUGAGGGUAAGGGUGGGGAUCUCCAGGAAGAAAGUAGGACUGAGAAAUGUGAGCCUGGAGCCCCAGAGGAGAUGGACGACCAGGGGGAGACCCAACAGGGCCAACCCAGCCAGACGCAUCCCAGACUGGGAGAUAUCGAUCGGGAGCAGCUUAUGUGCAGCCCUUCAUCCCCCUACCUGGUUGAGCAGGCCAGCAGCCGGGUGUGUGAGGUGGGUAGUGGGGCAUCUGCUGAGCGCCAGCCAGACCCAGUGGAGUCAGGAGAGGAGGCAGGGGGUUCUGGGUGGGCAGGGGAGGGGGAGGAAUCUGACGAGGAAGAGGAGGAACUUAAAGCCCCGGAGCAGGAAGUGGAGCUGGACCCAGCCACCAUUGCAGAGGAGGAGAAACAAGCUAUACCAGAAUUCUUUGAAGGGAGGCCUUCCAAAACCCCAGAGAGAUACUUGAGGAUCAGGAACUACAUUCUGGACCAAUGGUUGAAGAGCAAGCCCAGGUACCUGAACAAGACGUCAGUGCGUCCUGGCUUGAAGAACUGUGGAGAUGUCAACUGUAUUGGCAGAAUACACACUUACCUGGAGCUGAUAGGAGCCAUCAACUUCAACUGUGAUCAGGCGGUGUAUAAUCGUCCCCGUGUGGUGGAUCGUUCCAAACCGAGAGAGAACAGAGACACCCUGGAAUACCAGCUGGCCCAGAGAUUACAGAGUAUGCGAACCAGAAAGCGGCGUGUGAGGGAUAUGUGGGGGAAUUGGCGCGAUGCCAAAGAUCUGGAGGGACAGACAUACGAGCACCUGAGUGCAGAAGAGUUAGCUCUAAGGAGGGAGGAGCUGAGGAAACAGCCUAAACCUUGCAAGGUGCCCAGGCAGAAAGGGCUGCCAGAUCCAUUCCAGCUGAUUCCAUGCCGCGUGUUUGGAGAGGACCGACGGGAACCGUUCCAGGUGAUAGCAUGCACCGAGGCUUUGCUCAUCAUGGACCUGCAUGCUCACGUAUCCAUGGGUGAGGUCAUCGGGCUGCUGGGAGGAGCCUACAGCUUGGAGGACAAAGUCUUGAAGAUUGUUGCAGCGGAGCCGUGUAACAGUGUGAGUACAGGUCUGCAGUGUGAGAUGGACCCGUUGUCUCAGACUCAGGCCUGUGAGCUGCUGUCCAGUCUGGGCUUGGCUGUAGUGGGCUGGUACCACUCUCAUCCAACUUUCCACCCAAACCCCUCUCUACGGGACAUACACACACAGGACCAGUUCCAGAGGUAUUUUUCUCGAGGCGGAGCCCCCUUUAUCGGGAUGAUUGUUAGUCCAUUUGACCCCGCUAACCCCUCCCCCCACUCCCAGACAACCUGCCUAAUGGUCAGAGAGGACCAAGGGCCUACAGGACCACAGAAGCUGCCUUACAGGUUUGAUUACCGGUGUUCCCUUCAGCAGCCUGACUGGAGCCAGAUGAUGAGGCGGGUGACGUGGAUCAUCCACAAAUACAAACAGGCCCACAGCAGAGUCCAGAUGGACAGGCCUUUCCGCAGGGACUCUCAUCUCACCUGCCUAGAGAAGAUGAUGUCAUCUUUAGAAAGGUAUUUGGAGCCCCUGUCAGAGGAGGAUGGAGACGACUUCCUCUCCCAGAUCAAUGCCCUCUUCCAUUCACACUUUGUUACAAGGGACAACGACAGAACCUCUGUCACCACUGAACCAAUCAACACCCAUGCCUUUCCCUUUGCUCAGCCAAUCAAUGUUAAUGGAACAGAUGAUGCUGGAACACAGGAAGACUGGGAGAAUGAAUCUGUCACUCCGACCGAUAAUGUAGAAAGACCUGAUUUAGAAACGACUAGCUUACAGACAGCUGAUCAAGAAAGCGUACAUCCAAUACAUUUUGGUUCUGUGUUGUUGACUGGUCAUGAUUAUCUUUUCUGAAUCUAGUUCAUUUCUUUGUGUAUCCAGUAGUGUUGCAUCUUGUUUUGUAUGUUUAUUAGCAGGCAGUUUGAUUUAACUGGAUGGGAGCACAAUGUGGAGUCCAAAAUGAACUGAAUACUUUGUUCACCCUGCCAGCUAAAUCCAGUGUGCCUAUUGCUUGACAUGGCUUUAUACUGUAUUUAAUGAACAAACCCCUUGCUAGAAACAGUUUUGCUGCGUCAUCACGUUUUUAAAUGUGUUCAUACCAUAUGCUAAGAAAUACAGGUCCAAGUUCUAAACAAGCGAGUCGAACAUUCAUAUUUUGAAGUUUGCACAUUUACUGUUUGAAUGUUUUAUGGUGAAGUUGCCAUAAAAUAAUACCUCAAGGAAGUAUUACUUUACUGUGCCUGUAUGGAACUUGUCUAACUGCCAACAAUAAAAUAGUUCUAGUUCAA